ACAUUUUAAUCAGGCAUUCGCUUCAUGACUCGAGUUGUCCUACAAACAGAGAAGAUAAAUCAUCACCGGGAGUGGUUUCAUACAAACAGCAAAGUGCACACAACCCCCUCAAUUGACUGCGGUGGACUGGCCAAAAGAGAUGUGAAAUGGGCUAGCUUCAUUGAAACAGCAGCUGUUUCUGUGAGAUUUCUUCCAAAAUGCAUAUAAAAUCUUAUUAACAUCUUAGGUGUAAUGUAUUUUGAAGACAAUUUACAUGAACCAUUUAAGUUGUAAAUUUAGUUCAUCUUCAUACCACAUUCUGUAAAAAUCAGUGCUUAAAUACAAAAAUCUUUUAUUUUUUUAAAGGCUGUUUUACUUGGGCAC